CGACGCUCGUCAUGUCCGCCGCCGCCGCGUGCCAGUCGCUCGCUCGCGUGGCGCCCGCGCUUCGCCCGCGCGCGAGCGUCGCUCGCCGCGGGGUCCGCCCGCAGAAUUUCUUCACCGUCCGCGCCGCCGCCCCUCCGUGCGAGUGCGAGAUCGAGGGCGAGACGCGCGUCGCCAAGGUGAACGGCAAAGACGUCUCCGCAGCCGCGCUCCGCGGUGUGUCCGUCAUGGACCGCCGCGGUGGGACGACCAACCUCGGCGAGCAGAUCGGAGAUAAGGGCGUGCUCGUCCUGCUCCGCCACCUCGGAUGACCCUUCUGCUGGACCUACGCCAACGCGUGGGUCCCGGAGAUCCCCAGGCUAAGCUCCAAAGGCGUGUCCGUCACCUUCGUAUCCAUCGGAGACGGCGAAAAGCUGACAAAGUUUUUGGAGCUCAAUCCCGACCUCCCGAAGGACCGGUGCUUCGUGGACGAGUCGAGAACCUUCGACGUCUACGAGGCCGCGGGCUUCGGCAAGAUCGGAGACACCAAACCCGCCGACAUCAACAUCAAGCCCCCGGGCUUCUCCUUCGGCCAGUGGUUCUCGUACCUCUCCAACGUCGCCGCCCUCGCGCCCAUUCGUAAGGACGAGCCCCUUCGAGGGCCGCCCGAGGGGGUGCUGAGGCUCGGAGGCACCUUCGUGCUGGACGGCGGGGACGUCGUGUACGCGCACAGCGAGGAGUUGCCGGGGACGUCGCCGGAGGUAAAGGACGUCCUCGCAGACGCGAAACUCGCGUAGGUGGGAGGAGAGACGGCUUCGGGUGAGAGGACUGACGGGACAAGCGCGACGCAGCUGUACGAAAAGCGACACAGCUGUCGGCGCGUCGUCCGUCGUUAAUAAGUUUCGAACGAUGUGAAGCGCCGGCGGGCACGACCGAACGACGGUUCCGCCGGCGUCGAUGCACUUGGCGCGGGGCGAUGCGAACGAAGAUCAAUCUCCGACACGGCCUGGGGAGUUCGCACCCGCGGCUGGUUCAAACCGACGACGACGACGACGCCGGGAUUUUUUGUUAAAAGUCUCAACCCAACGUCC